UGCGUGCGGGUUGGAUUUUUGUUGUGCGCUACGGCCAGGUUCAGUCGGAUUAUGUUUUAAGUUUGUUCCCUGUCGUGCUAUCCCGUUCGCUCUGCCGGUCGUGAUUGUGUUUCUGUGAGGAGAACAAACAGCGAAAGCUGUAGUAGCAGUUUUUUUUUCUCCUCGCUAUAUGUGUGUAAAGUGUGUGUUUCGGCUCAGUGUUUGAGAUUGAAAGCAGAAAAAAGGCGAGCUGGAAAGCUCUUGCAGGCAGGUUCUUCAACGACCAGUCCGCCGUCCGUAACCGUACCAGGCCAAAACGGCAAAUAUAAUUAGUGUGUUCUCUGUGUUCAGUGUUUUUGUGACCCAACCCAGAAGCCUAAAUGAAGAGUUUAUAGCGGUUGAAAAGCAUCCAAAAUGCGAUUUAAUAUAUUCCUUGCUCCGACGAUUGGAGUACUCGUACUAGUGCUAUGCUCGUCACGGAUUGCGUCGAUACAAGUCGAGAAGGAGGCCUACUUCAAUGGUUCGUCGUACCUCAGGUUAAAGACGCCAAUGACCCUAUGGAGCCAUUCGGCGAUAAGUUUUAAGACCUGCCGAGGUGGUGAAAUCCUGUCCCAACGUUAUGCCAGCCAUGCCCUGCUGGUAUCGGUACUGCCGGAUUCAGUUUCGAUAGUGCUUUCAGCGCCCAGCAGCCAGCCACUGGAGGCACGCGUUACGGGCCGCUUCCUUGAUAAUAAAUGGCACACGCUGCAGUUUGUGUACCAGCUGGGAACGUUGUACUGCAUCAUCGAUAAGCAGUCGACGACGAUAGCGAACCAGACCUUCAAUAGUCAGCUAAUCACAAACAAAUACAUCAAGGACGAAGCGGCAGUGCUGAUCCUUGGUAAUCAAUACUCGGGAUGCUUGCUCCACGGACCAGGGCUGGUGUUCAAUCAGAGUGCAAUGAACUACGAAGGUGUCGUGUUUGGCCCAUGUCCCUUAGCUCCGGGACCCUGUACGGAUCACGAUGUCCUCACAGGACCCCCAAAGGAUCAUUGUGCAACGGAUCCGUGCAUGCAGCAUGGAACCUGUAUCUCGCGGUCUGAAGGAUACGAAUGUCACUGUACGUCCCGAUUCAAAGGGAAAAAUUGUGAAAUUGACAUGGGCAAUCCUUGCCAAUCGCAUCCAUGCCAACAUAGUGGUAGCUGUCAGGAAGAUUCUAAAGGAGAUUACAAAUGUAUUUGCGCUCCUGGUUUUACAGGAACGCUCUGUGAAACCGAACUCAGUUCUCACCCGCUGUGUGAUCCGACUCCGUGUCUGAACGAUGGAAUCUGUCGUGUUCCACCGGGUAAAAGCAACUACGAAUGUGAUUGCCUGAAAGGAUUUAUUGGUCCACGUUGUGAAAUCAAUUGGGAUGAUUGUAAACCAAAUUUGUGUCUGAACGGAGGAAAAUGCGUGGAUGGUGUUGAUGCGUUUACUUGUGAUUGUAAAGGAACCGGAUACGGUGGGACGCUUUGUCAGAAUAACAUCGACGAGUGUUCCGUAAAUCCUUGCCUGAACGGUGGAACCUGUUUUGAUACCUAUGGAUCGUACUUGUGCGAAUGUCCGACUGGGUUUACCGGUGCCAACUGCCAACUGAGCAUCAACGAGUGCAAAUCUGCACCCUGUCAGCAUGGUGGAACGUGCAUCGACACCCAAGUUGGUUUCGAAUGUCGCUGUCCGUCAGGUUUUUCAGGAGAGCUGUGCGAAAUUGAACCAGGCUGCAAUCAGUGUCCCAUUGAUUCCGAUUGCGUGUCUGGUCGGUGUGUCUGCAAACCUGGAACUACAGGAUCCCGUUGCGAAUCGCCCAUCGCACUUCCCUACUCGGACACGGAGUGCAACUGCCAGAAUGGUGGAAGCUGCACACCGAACAGUAGCUCGCCCUGCAUCUGUCCGCCUGGCUACGAAGGAUCGCACUGCGAAAUUCCUGCCGUUUGCACGGCAGCCAACUGUCAGGAACCGUUCCGUUGCAUCGCCGGAAAGUGUCAGUGUCCGGAGAAUAUGAACUGUGAUCACGUGUGCGCAUCGACGCCCUGCCUCCAUAAUGGGUCGUGUUUCGCGAAAGGUCAGGAUUACGUUUGCCAGUGCCCGCCUGGAUACGAGGGAAAACGUUGUGAAAGUGAUGUGGAUGAGUGCAAAAUUAAGGAGAAGAUCUGUGGAAACGGUAUCUGUCAGAACACGCCUGGUUCGUUUCGGUGCUUCUGUACGCCCGGCUAUACGGGUUUGAAUUGUGAUCUCGACGUUGAUGAGUGCCUUAGCCAUCCGUGUAAAAAUAGUGCCCAGUGUUUGAACAAGGAAAACGAUUACGAGUGUAUUUGCCCACCCGGAUACAGCGGGAAGGACUGCAGUACGGAUAUCGACGAGUGCGAAAGCAAUCCCUGCUCGAAGGGAUCCACCUGCAUAGACAGGGUGGCCAACUUCACCUGCAUGUGCAUACCGGGUAUGACCGGUCGGCUGUGCGAGAUCGACAUCGAUGAUUGUGAGUCCCAGCCCUGCCUGAAUGGGGGCCGCUGUAUCGACCAGCUGGGUGGCUUCCUGUGCGAUUGCAACCAGACCGGCUAUUCCGGUUCCUUCUGUCAGCUGAACAUCGACGAGUGCGAAUCGAACCCAUGCACCAACGGUGCCGAGUGUAUCGAUAAGGUGAACGAUUACACCUGCAAGUGCUAUCCGGGCUACAGCGGCAAAAACUGCGAGGAAGAUAUCGACGAGUGUGAAUCGAAUCCGUGCCAGUACUCCGGCAAGUGUCUGCAGCGGUCGAACAUCACGCUGUACUAUUCGAAUAAUAAAAAUCUGCCGGCCAUCUUUACACAACAGUUUUCCUUCCAAAAUGCUAGCGGGUACGAGUGCAUUUGUGUUCCCGGUACGAUGGGAAAGAAUUGUGAGAUCAAUAUCAACGAGUGCGACAGUAGUCCUUGUAAGAACGGAAAUUGUGUGGAUGGAAUUGGAAACUACACGUGUGAAUGUGAACCCGGUUUUGAGGGAAUGCACUGCGAAACGGAUAUAGACGAGUGUUUGAAGUACCAGCCUUGCGUCCACGGUACUUGCAUGGAUGGACGCAACAACUAUAACUGUGACUGUGAUGGUUUAUGGGGAGGGAAAAAUUGUUCCGUUAGAUUAACCGGGUGUGUAAAUGAGCCGUGUUUAAAUGGUGGUGCAUGUAUACCAUAUCUGGAGAAUGAAACACAACAUAAGUUCAACUGUUCCUGUCGGCAAGGAUUCCAGGGGAAAACUUGUGACACGGUUACGACUAUGUCACUUGCGGCUAGUAGUUUACUGAUUGUGAAUACAUCGCGAGAUGAAGGCUACGACAUUCAGUUGAGAUUCAAGACGACUUUGCCGAAUGGUAUUUUGGCGUUCGGAAACGGUGCUACCUCGUACAUUUUAGUAUUAAACAAUGGAAGACUUAAUCUGCACUCUGCCCUUUUGAAUCGUUGGGAAGGAGUAUUCAUUGGUUCAGGGCUCAACGACAGUAAAUGGCAAAAAGUUUUUGUCGCCAUUAAUUCGUCUCACUUGGUGUUGUCUGCCAAUGAAGAACAGACAAUUUACCCGAUUAACUCAUAUGAAGGCACGAAUGGAAGUAACACUUCCUUCCCGAUAACUUAUCUGGGAGGAACUACACCGACUCUUGCUCAACCCUAUUUGAAGCAUAUCGCAAGAGCAGUCUCUAGCUUCGUUGGAUGCAUGGAAGAUGUCGUCAUCAACGGACAGUGGGUUCUUCCGGGACAGGAGCAAGAAUUCACAACACUGCACAAUAUUGAUACCGGAUGCCCUCGCACUCCGCAAUGCGAACCCAAUCCGUGCAACUCCAACGGACACUGCACUGAUCUGUGGCACACGUUCUCCUGCAGUUGCCAACGACCGCAUCUGGGUCAUACUUGCAAGUACAAUAUCACAGCGGCUACCUUCGGACACGAAAACACUACCCGCUCGGCCGUGAAAGUAAUCGUGAGUGAAUCUGCCCGAAGAGCAAUACGAUCAGUGCUGGAUAUUUCGAUGUUUAUUCGAACGCGACAAGCUUCCGGAAUGGUGUUCUACCUCGGAAGUGAUCCCGACAUGGACAAUAAUCAGAAUCCAGCUGACGACUCGUACGUGGCUGCCUUCCUUUCCAAAGGCGAACUGCUCGUGCGAAUGAUUUUUAACGACACCCCCGAAGGAUACACAGUGGGUGGAAAUAAACUCGACAACGGUUAUCUACAUCUUAUUGAAGUGAUUCGGAACUCGACCCUCGUGCAGGUCAAACUAAAUGGGACGGAAUAUUUUAGAAAGACUCUCUCCUCAUCUGGACAGUUGAAUGCUCAAGUGCUUUAUCUGGGAGGACCACCUCCGUAUGCCGAUUCGAUUAACAGUUUGUACAAGGACGAGUCUGAGAAGCAAUAUUUUAAGGGUAUCAUUCAAGAUGUCCAAGUGUCCAAUGGAUCGCAUGCAAUGAUUGUCGAACUGUACCCGCUCAACGAGGAGGGACUAAUUUUACCACCGCCAUUUGGAAGAGUGACAAUCGAUCGCAGCUCGGUGCUGGAGGGUGUGGUGACGGAUGACCUCUGCCGGACACAGCCUUGCAAGCAUGAAGCAAUCUGUGCCAACACCUGGAACGAUUUCGUCUGCACCUGUCCGCGCGGUUACAAGGGUAAACUUUGCCAGGAGAUACAGUUCUGCGAGUUGCAGAAGUGCCCUCAGAAUGCCACCUGCCAGAACCUGGACACCGGCUACGAGUGCAUCUCCAACAUGACGUUCCACGAUGACAACGAACCGCUAAAGUUCUCGUUCAACCCGGGCACGGCCGAUCUGCUGAACAACCCGAAGGAUACCGGGAACAUGGAUACUAUCGAAAUCUCCUACAGGACCAAAUUUGGCGGGACCCUGCUGUACGUUCAGGAUAGCGAUAUGUAUUUCGAAAUUUCGACGAUCCGCAAGCUGGUGACCAUAUCGUGGAGGCUGUCGAUGGAUCUGCCGGAACAGCAUCGAUUCGAGUACGAAGACGACGACAAUUACGGUUGGCAUACGGUGUUCAUAAUGGUCACUUCAAACGGAAAAUUGGAAGCCGGCUGGAAGGGAUGGGAAACAACACUCGAUCCGCAGCCUAGUAUCUCGGUUAACAUUGACUACUUAGCGUUUAAACACUUGUUCUCCGGUAAACAUUUCAUCUAUUUGGGUGGAAUGCCGGUGUUGUCUCAUAUUGAGAAUAAUUCCGUUGUGAACGGUGGAAUUGACAAGGGCUCCACAUUUAAGGGAUGUUUAGGUGAAACUCGUGUCGGUGGAUAUUUGUUGCCGUACUUCCCACACGACGUCAUCUAUCCAGACACUUUCCAGUUUACCGGAGCUCACUUCAACCUGAACUCUAGUCAGCCGGAAGAAGGAUGCGUUCUGUGUUUCCAGCAGUCCUGUAAGAACGGUGGUGUGUGUAGUAAUCCUUCGGAAAAGUUUGCCUGCGAUUGUCCCGCCGGCUACGAAAGCGACGACUGUUCGCAAAACAUCGACGAGUGUUUAACUGCCAACUGUACUAACAACUCGACGUGCAUAGAUGGAGUGGCCAGUUUCACCUGUCGAUGUCUAGAGGGUUACGAAGGUGAUUUGUGCGAAUUUGAAAUCGACGAAUGCAUGUCGAACCCCUGUCAUAAUGGAGGCACUUGUACUGAUCUGGUAGCGGGCUAUCAGUGCGAAUGUACGGAGGAAUACGCCGGUCAGCAGUGUGAUACUUUUCGAUUGGUGACUUGCGAGAAUCAACCGUGUAAAACUGGCUCAAUUUGCAUCGAUGGGUUUAAUUCCACAACGGGAAAUAAUUUCACCUGCUUGUGUAAACCAGGAUUUGCGGGACCGCUGUGCGAUGCCCCGUUCUGCCAAUACGAGGAAUGCCGGAACGAUGCCGUGUGCAUCACUAACGACGAAAAUGUUCCCAUUUGCCGCUGCACGCCUGGCUACACGGGACGUCUCUGCGAGAUCGAAAUUGACGAAUGCGAAUCGGCCCCCUGCCUUAACGGGGGCCAGUGUAUCGACUUCAUCAACAUCUACCGCUGCAACUGCUCCGGCACUGGGUUCGAGGGACACAAUUGCGAAGUGGAUAUCGAUGAAUGCUACGAAGAACGAAUAAACUGCGGUGGGCGAGGCUUGUGCAUCAACACGAGGGGUUCCUUCAGGUGUCAAUGUGACGAAGGAAUGUGUGGCAAAGAAUGCGCCCAGAUAGACCCCUGUCGACUAAAUCCUAACGUUUGUGAAAACGGUGGAAUCUGCAUAGAAGACUGUGACAAAGAUCACCGGUACUACUGCAACUGUACGGUUGGUUUUACCGGUAUCAACUGUUCCGAGCAGGCCGUACUGGAAGCGGAAGGAACAACCGGUGCCGACAUUGCGCUGAUCGUCGUCCCCGUAGUGAUCGGUAUCCUGACACUGGCGGGUGCCCUGAUCGGAACGUUCCUGGUGAUGGCACGCAAUAAACGGGCCACCCGCGGUACGUACAGCCCCAGUGCUCAGGAGUACUGCAACCCAAGACUGGAAAUGGACAACAUGCUGAAAAUACCGCCGGAAGAGCGGCUCAUCUAGUGACGUACAAAUUAUUGCGCGAUUGUUAGUAUAAAUGCGUUCCGUUGUUGUAUCUCUAACUUUGAGAAGAGAAGAGCUUUAUGCUUUGUUUCUAUGUUUUUGUCCAGACAAAGAUGACGCGCACCGGGUGUCGUUUUCCCCCCUUGUAGAUAAAAAAAACUUUAUUGAUCUUGUUACGGCUCUCCAGGGCUGCAUGAUUGUGAAUAGACAUACGACUUUUACUCAUAGUAGAAAACCGGAUUAAAUUAAACACAAACUUACGGAUAAGCUUACACACUUAACAAUAACAGCAACAUCCUGCGGAACAACUUGCGGACGAGCUAGUUGUGGAUUUUUUUGUACUUAAAAUCUACCGAAAGGCGAACAAAAAGUUUUAACUUAAUGUAAAAGAAAUAAUGUGAUAUGAAUCCUACCCCAUAAACAGAAUACGAUAAGUGAAGAGAAUAAAAGAAAAAAACAAACAAACCAACGGCGAGUAUUUUAACAUUACUCAAAACUGUCGUAAAAAAAACAAAAACGAUCAAGGGAGAAUAGAAUCUAGACUUCUGUUUUUAAGCAAAUUUAUCGUUUCCGAAAGCUUUAACCUACAUUCCGUCCAUUAGCAAGUGUAUAUAACAUGAAAACAAAUCAAAAACAAAUCAAUGUUGAAAAACAACUAAAUUCAAGUGCCGUAUGCAGACUGUUUUGAAAAACCUUUUUUUUUCAGUUUAGGAAAACAAAUGCGAAACUCGAAUGCGAAAUUUUAACCUUCAUUUUCUGUAGUGAAUUAUUAUAUACGAAAAAAGACACGUGUUCUUUCGGCGGCAAAGGCGAAACGUGGCUUGUAAACCCCGCAACCGCUUGCUAUAGAGACUGAACUUCUGAAGCGGGAAACUUGAUGCCUUCAUUUUAAAGCGAAACAUUACAUACAUAGGUAUGGUAGUUUGAUUGAGUAAAAAAAAAUAUCACAUAAGAACAACUGCGCCACAAUUUACUAUGUGAGCAAUUUAUUCGGUCAGAUGUUCUGCAUCCAUCCAUCACAAGGACGGUGGCGAAGUGAAAGACUCUUUUUGUAAAGUAGACUAGAGCGUAUAUUUUAAAAGCGUCGUUAUUAAAUAGU